UAUAGUUCCGUCUACGAGGAUAAUGACAUCGAAAACGUUCCAUUGCUAGCGGCUAAGCGGUGUUUACGAAGAGCAUUUUCAGAUCGGACCAUCCGAGAUGGAAAUGAACACUUCGACAAUUGGCAAGGCUCCGAGCCAAAAAAUAGAUUGGACUCGCUUUCUGCCACGGACGAGGCUUCCUCUUCCACGGCACAUUCGUUGCCUUAUUUCGAUAUGCAAAAGAGCGAAGCUGGAGUCGACUCUCAGGUCCCAUAUCGAGCGCAUGUGCCUGGACCUAGCUGUACCUAUGAACCCUGCCAGUGUUGCACGACUGAAACACAACAGCAAAAUUUAGAGUACUUCAAGUCAUCGGGUUCUGAAGAUCACCUUCCUCGAGUAGUCGAUGCUGUCUCGAAGGAUCUUGUCGUUCCUAAGGCUCCGCCAAGCUUUCAGGAUAUGGAAAACAUUUGUUUUUUCUCUACACAAAAUUGGAGUGAACCUCAACAGCAGCUAUUGUGUCCAGAAUAUGCUCAAAUAGUGAAGCGCAGUGGAAAAUUAAAAGUCUUUUCUGACUCUCCAUGCUCUCUAAUGACGUACAAUCUUGAAUCUGAUCCAGUUCGAGUUAAAAAGUCAAAGGAGCACCGCAAUUUAAAAGGGCGUCCCCGCAAAAUUUCUAUAUCUGACAUCUCUUCACCGCUACCUCGCCUUAGAGUCAUACCUAGACCCGUGAGUGAAAAUGAAGUUAAUGGGCCUAAACUUCAGCACUCAUUUUUUCGUCGUAGCAUAGGACAUUUAGAGAGAAGUAAUUUAUCGUCGGAAACACAAAAAAAAAUUAGUAACAGGAGCUUUCGAUGCCCCACACGGAACCUACCUCGGAUGGGGGUAACCCCUCCACCACGAUCCGGUACGUUAUCAGAUUUACUACCAGAAAACAGUAACAUAACUAAUCUAGACAACAUUGAAUCAUCAGCAACAGGACGUCACGAGCCCGAUACGACAGACUCGUCCUCAUCUGCUUCAUCUAAAGGGUCGAUCUUUGGUAUUGGAUAUCGUUUAAAUCUUGACGAACUUUGUCCUGAACGAGGCUCAUCGCUUAGGCGUUCCCUUCUCGAAAAACUUCAGCAAAGGGCAAUCCUUCUAAAUCGCGUAAACUCGAUUAUAGAGCAACCAAAGCUUAUGGGAUCUUCAACUACAGCCAUAUCAUCGGCAGUAGAGACAACCGAUACAGGGGUACAGGUCGACACGAUAAAAAAUGCGGUACUCGAAUUCGAUAAGCUUGACGAGGAGUAUGUGUGUGAAUGUCACCUUCAGGAAGAAGUAAAAGUCGCAAACGUAACAUCGGCACUACCAAGCAAAUCAAAUAGAGAGAAGAGCAAAUCCUUGAGGGUCUCAAAACCAAAAUGGAAGGACAACGGAACUAAAGGUUGCAGCGACAAAGGUCUGAUCUCUGCCUCGUCUUCUUCCUCCGUUUAUUACCAGAAACGUAAUCGAAUACGGAUGGGGUAUUUGAACAGUAUCCGAUGUUUUUUUAAGGACGACUUGAAGAAAAAAGUUCAAAGAGCGACCAGUUCUCCAUCAGUUAGCUCACUCGACCAUAUCGACCCGAAAAUGAUGCAUAAGUACAAUGGAUUGGUCGAUUCAGGUUAUGAAGAAAACGGGAUAGCAGUCAUAUCUAGCCCCCGUUCUCUUCAUCUUUUGGAAGUGAGUCCUUACGAAGUUAGCGGAGCCUUCCAACUUGUGCCUAAUGUUGAACAGACGGAACGCCGAAGACCGCUUUCACCAACGGAUGCUCAAGAAUUCACACGACUUAAUAUAGAGAAUGACCCUGGCGACUCGACGGUCGUGGCGCCACCCCCUGGAUUCGGGGAGCCUUAUGAGGCAUUACCGAACGCUGGCCUCAUCGAUUCUUCGUCUUCAGCCAAGACAGAAAAAGCGGUUAGCUUAAAUAAAGACCAGACUCGCCGACCUGGAAUAAGUCCUGCACUACAUUCAUUUUGUAGCGAGAUGCUCGAACAAAGACCACCUUCAUACACAGGCCACUUCUCCUCCAAGUGGACCAUCACCUCGGAUGCGACUUCCCCAGGAUCUGAGCCGUUCUCUCCUACGAAAAAUCGAAAUCUUUUCAGCUCUAUGCCCCUGAAGGCCCCGACGACUACAGUCACUCCCCCGGCACCCGUCUUCCCCGAUGCAGACAGGGCCACGCAGCUCGAGGAACAGCAAAGUGAUAAUCUGAUCGAGGAGAUCUCAUUGGACAAAAAUGAACGCCAUUUUUUGAGCCAAGGCGGCGCCGGCAGCCCUGCUCCGAGUCUGAACACAUCGCCACGCGGAAAGCAGCAUUCACAGUCGGUUUCAUCGGAUGAGGACGUGGCACUUGCCGGCGAACUUUUUGCAAGAUGCAAAAGCCGCAACGGAAAGGGAUCUGACUCAAGUCAGGAUCACCUAUCUGCAACAGAUGAGAUUCCGCUUCGCAGCGAUACGGCCGACAGCGGUGUCGCAAGUCGACCAGGAUCAGCGUUGGGUCCUUCUGGACAGCUUAGCCCGCAGAUUGCCCUGAGUCCAUUUGUCGUUGUGGCUAUCGACUUCGGCACAACGUAUUCAGGCUACGCGUACAGCUUCACACGGGACCCGGAAAGUAUACAUAUCAUGCGGAAAUGGGAAGGAGGUGAUCCGGGUAUUCUCAACCAAAAGACUCCAACGUCUGCACUGCUAACGCCGGAAGGCGAGUUCCACUCGUUUGGAUUCGCUGCCCGUGACCAUUUCCAUGACCUCGACGUUGAACAAGCUAAAAAAUGGUUAUAUUUCGAUAAAUUCAAGAUGACCCUACACAGCUCAGAGAACCUCACCCGAGAUACUGAAAUACGAGCAGUGAAUGGACGCCCACUCAAGGCGCUUGCCGUGUUUUCGAUGGCUUUGCGUCACUUCAGAGACCAAGCUCUACGAGAAGUUCGAGAAGCCGUCCCUGGGCUUGCUUUUGAGGACAUCCGUUGGGUGAUUACAGUACCUGCUAUUUGGAGACAGCCGGCAAAACAAUUUAUUCGAGCUGCAGCUUAUAAAGCUGGCAUUGGCAGCCCGGAGAAUCCGGAGCGUGUCGUGAUCGCUCUUGAACCUGAGGUGGCUUCUGUGUAUUGCCGUAAGCUGAAAGUGCAUCAACUUAUGCCCGACGCGCCACCAUCGAACAAGAUUUUCUUUUUGCGCGACCAUGUCCCUGACUUAAACCUUCAGCAAGCCGUUGAUGAGCAGCAGGACAUCUACUGCGGCUUCGGCGGCCUUGUUGAGGGAACCUAUUCAGUGAUCUCUGAAGUUCCGGCAACUGUAGCAUCAGUUAACACGGUCGCCAUCACCUCAUCUCUUCUGUCUCCGUUUAUGCACGGCAGUAUGACACAAAUUAGCCACAAUCAUCAGUACUUAUAUACAACUCUAUAUAGCGGUGCCAAUGUCUCAACAUCGAGCACUCGGAGCCGAGUAGAGCGCUUCGAAGACUGUCUGACGCGAGGCACACGAUAUAUGGUCGUGGACUGUGGAGGCGGUACGGUUGAUAUAACGGUGCACGAGCUACGUGACGCGCUCGGCACACUCAAGGAGAUCCACAAGGCCACUGGUGGACCCCAUGGGUCAGUAGGGGUAGACCUCGAAUUUGAGCGACUCCUCUGCGAUGUCUUCGGAGCCGAUUUUAUUGGCCAAUACAAACUCAAAAGAUCAUCCGGUUGGGUAAACCUUAUGGUAGGCUUUGAGGCCCGCAAACGGAGUGUUAGCCCGUAUAAAGAGACCCCGCUCAACAUCUCUCUGCCGUUUUCGUUUAUUGACUAUCACAAAAAGGUUAAAGGAUCCUCGGUGGAGAGUGCCAUCAAGAAGUUUGGCAGCAAAGAAGUCAAGUGGUCACCCCAGGGAAUGCUAAGGUUAGAAGCGCGCCUCAUGUUAGCUCUAUUCCGGCCAACGUGCGAGGCAAUCCGCGAGCAUAUAGCGGCUGUUCUCGAUCACCGCGGACUGAAAAAUGUCCGUUAUCUUUUCCUUGUUGGUGGGUUCGCGGAGUCGCAGGUUUUGCAAAAGGCGAUACGAGACGAAUUUCAUUCAAAGGUAAAAGUAAUUAUACCGCAGGGCGUCAGUAUGGCGAUCCUUCGCGGAGCUGUACUUUUCGGUCUCGACCCGCAAGUGAUUCGUCAGCGACGAUCUCGGAUGACGUACGGAGUCGGCAUUCUGAAUCGCUUUAUACCUGGCGUACAUCCGCCAUCGAAAAAGAUCGUCAAAGAUGGCGUAGAAUGGUGUGCAGACGUAUUCGACAAGUUUGUCUUGGCUGAUCAGAGCGUAAAUGUCGGCUCCCAAGUUAGGCGUUCUUAUACACCUGCGGCGCGUGGUCAAAGCGUGUCAAUAAUUCACAUUUAUUGUAGUGAUCGGGAUGACGUUUGCUUUAUUACUGAUCCGGGCGUGCAGAAAUGUGCGACCCUUGUCCUCGACCUGACCCAGCCACCCCCGCCCAAUAGUGGGAUGCUGUCAACAACAGAUCUUUCGACAGAGAAUGAUAUCCCCAGGGAACGUUGUGUAGAUGACGGCCGUCGCGAAAUCGAAGCUCUAAUGACAUUUGGAGAGACCGAGAUCAAGGUGAGCGCGUUAGACAUCGGAAGUGGAGUCUGUGUGAAGGCCGACGUAGAUUUCCUCAGCGUAUAAGAGCGAAACAUAAUGAUGAAUAAAGAAUGGCGGUGAUUUGCACCUCAACAGUAACUCAACGGUGAUUAGAUGAGAUUGUGCUUAACCUCAUAAACGCGCAAAAGGCAACCAUCCAAGUCACAAAUGAACAAUGAUGCUGAUUAGCCUAUAAAAGUUCAGAAUUCCGCGGCGUUUGGCAGGCAGUCACUCAGCGGAAAACGUAAUUACUGCUUGUACGUUUUCGUAACGUCGUUGCCACUGUCGAUCUGUGAACUGUAGUAAACCCCCCGAGAAUCGACUCUAAGGGCCGUCGUGUUUGAAAAAAAAUUCAAAAGAGGUUGUCUUGCUGCUGAGUUAUAGUUGUUCCUGCGGGGAGAGGGAGGCAUUCUAGCAAUAAAACCGUCGUUUUCUGGUUUGGCCAGAUACGGAGCGAAGGUCAGAUCGAGAUUCGCGAUCCGAUGCUUCGUAUUCCUUAUUGGCACGAGAUGACCAAAAUGCAGGGCAGGACGGGACAGUUGGGAAAGAAUUGGAAGCAAAUAAGGUUCUGUUGCGAAGGAGGUGCCCGACAAAUACAAAUGGUACUACUUCUGGGUGUCAUCCGUCACCCAUUAAAUGCGUGUGCCCGCUGGCAAAUUGACGGAUACGUUAUGGUUAAAAAGGAGUUGGGUAUUUUUGUUAUUUAUACUCCAGGGAAUA